UUUCCCCCUCCCUCCCGGUCUCCCGCGGAGCCCGACGCCGCUUGCACCCCGCCCGCGGCGGCCUAGGAAGAGCUCGCGGGUGGCUCUCCGGGGCGCUGGUGCCCUCCCGGCCUGCCCGGGAGGAGGAGGAAGAGGAGGGGGAGGGAGGGGAUGCGAAAGUGGGUCAGGAAUGUAACUGGACGCUACGCACCCGCACGCACCUCCUCCCCCGCCCCCAUGCCGGCAGCGGCGGCCCGCGCAAGCCCUGGAAAGCGAGUCUUUUGCCGUUGUGGUUCCGCAGCAUUAUCGGUGGACGGUUACCAGGGGAUCCCGAGGGAUGUGUUUCCCUGUGACCCUUUGGGAAGAAAAACUUAGUUGCCUCAGUAACCGAGCUUGGCUUGGAUGCGAGGAUGCAGUGAAUGAUCUAGGUGAGCCUGACGGUGAAGAGGCUGCAGUUGCACUAGGGAGCGGAUUAACUUUUCUUGUUACUGAACCAAGACGUGAAAGGAAAGCUGGAGAGGAGGUUGCUCCAAUCUGUUCCAGAGGUGGUGGCUUUGAGGGGUGACCCUGCCCACGCUUGGGCCCAGCCAGCACCAGCUCCUCAGUAAGGAGAGCCAGCUUGAUAAGACGAAGAUAAACAGUGUCAGCGAGCGAUACCAGAGAAGAAAAAAACAGAAGUGAACCCAGCCUCAUUUCCUCCUCUACGUGGGUGAUCGCUACAGCAGGGGAAGGUCUCACAGUAUAUCAGUUGGGGCAGAGAAUGGAGUUCUGUGGCCGAGGCUUCCUAGAAGCUUAAACCUUUGUCCCAAUGACGUCAAGUUCGCCCGUUGGCUUGGAAGGUUCAGAUUUGUCUUCCAUCAACACCAUGAUGUCGGCGGUAAUGAGCGUAGGGAAGGUUGCUGAGAACGGUGGGAGCCCCCAGAGCGUCAGGUCCCCCACGAAGCCUCCGGGGCCAAAUCGGAUUGGCCGAAGGAACCAGGAAACAAAAGAGGAGAAGUCUUCCUAUAAUUGUCCCCUGUGUGAGAAGAUUUGCACUACACAGCAUCAGUUAACUAUGCACAUUCGCCAGCACAACACAGACACUGGAGGGGCCGACCAUUCAUGCAGCAUUUGCGGGAAGUCGCUGAGCUCGGCCAGCUCCCUGGACCGCCACAUGCUGGUGCACUCUGGGGAGAGGCCUUACAAGUGCGCUGUGUGUGGCCAGUCUUUUACCACCAACGGGAACAUGCACAGACAUAUGAAGAUUCAUGAGAAGGACCCCAGCAGCGCUACAGCUACAGCCCCUCCGUCCCCCCUGAAGCGCAGGCGGCUGUCCUCCAAAAGGAAACUGAGUCACGAUACAGAGUCAGAGAAGGAAGACCCAGCGCCUGCUAAAAAGAUGGUAGAGGACAGGCAGUCCGGUGACACGGAGAAGAAAGCUGAUGAAGUGUUUCACUGCCCACUGUGUUUCAAGGAGUUCGUGUGCAAGUACGGGCUGGAGAGCCACAUGGAGACCCACUCAGAUAACCCGCUAAGAUGUGACAUAUGCUGCGUCACCUUCCGCACACACCGAGGACUGCUGCGCCACAACGCGCUGGUCCACAAGCAGCUUCCCAGGGACGCGGUGGGAAGGCCCUUCAUCCAGAACAACCCCUCCAUCCCUGCCGGCUUCCACGACUUAGGCUUCACCGACUUCUCCUGUAGGAAGUUUCCUCGCAUUUCUCAGGCCUGGUGUGAAACGAACCUGCGCAGGUGCAUCAGUGAGCAGCACCGCUUCGUCUGCGACACGUGUGACAAGGCCUUCCCCAUGCUCUCCUCCCUCACCCUGCACAAGCAGACCCACGUAACUACCGACCACGGACGGGAACGGCUGCAGGCCAGGGCCCCACCUGGCGACGCCCCCGACCAGAAGGUCUUCCUGGCCGUGCUGGGCCUGCAGCACAUCGAAGACGCCAGGCCUGCACUGGCCGAGGAGCCGCUGCCGGACGACAACCAAGCGAUACAGCUCCAGGCACUCAAGCGUCAGCUACCUCAGGACCCUGGCUGCACCAGCUUGCUGAGUCUGUCUCCUUUUGAAGCUGCUUCCCUGGGCGGGCCUCUCACCGUCCUCCCGGCCACCAGGGAGAGCGUGAAGCACCUGUCCCUGCAGCCCUUCCAGAAGGGCUUCAUCAUCCAGCCGGACAGCAGCAUUGUGGUCAAGCCCAUCUCUGGGGAGUCAGCCGUCGAGCUGGCAGACAUCCAGCAGAUCCUGAAGAUGGCAGCCUCGGCCCCCCCUCAGAUCAGUCUUCCGCCUCUGUCCAAGGCCCCCGCUGCCCCUCUACAGGCCAUUUUCAAACACAUGCCCCCUUUGAAGCCAAAGCCCCUGGUCACGCCGCGGACGGUGGUGGCCGCCUCCACGCCUCCACCCCUCGUCAACGCGCAGCAGGCCUCCCCGGGCUGCAUCAGCCCCAGCCUGCCGCCGCCGCCGCUGAAGCUCCUCAGGGGCUCCGUGGAGGUGGCCUCCGACGCCCACCUGCUGCAGUCCCAGUCGGGGGCGCAGCCAAACACAGCCGCACAGCUCUUCCUGCAGCAGCCGCGCCUCGAGCUGCCGGGCCAGGCCGAGAUGAAGACACAGCUGGAGCAGGACAGCAUCAUCGAGGCCCUCCUACCCCUGAGCAUGGAGGCCAAGAUCAAGCAGGAGAUAACGGAGGGGGACCUCAAGGCCAUCAUGACGGCCCCCAGCAGCAAGAAGACACCGGCCAUGCGCAAGGUGCUCUACCCCUGCCGCUUCUGCAACCAGGUGUUCGCCUUCUCGGGGGUGCUGCGUGCGCACGUGCGCUCCCACCUGGGCAUUUCGCCCUAUCAGUGCAACAUCUGCGACUACAUCGCCGCCGACAAGGCCGCGCUCAUCCGCCACCUGCGCACACAUAGCGGCGAGCGGCCCUACAUCUGCAAGAUCUGCCAUUACCCCUUCACGGUCAAGGCCAACUGCGAGCGGCACCUACGCAAGAAGCACCUCAAGGCCACACGCAAGGACAUCGAGAAGAACAUCGAGUACGUGACCAGCAGCGCGGCCGAGAUGGUGGACGCCUUCUGUUCCCCAGACACGGUGUGCCGGCUGUGCGGCGAGGACCUCAAGCACUACCGCGCCCUCCGCAUCCACAUGCGCACGCACUGCGGCCGCGGCCUGGGCGGCUGCCCCAAGGCCCGCAAGCCCUUCGAGUGCAAGGAGUGCAGCGCCGCCUUCUCGGCCAAGCGCAACUGCAUCCACCACGUCCUCAAACAGCACCUGCACGUGCCCGAGCGUGACAUCGAGAGCUACGUCCUGGCGGCCGACGGCCUGGGCCCCGCCGACGCGCCCGCCGAGGCCCCGGGCAGGGUGGAGGAGGGCAGCGCCGCCCUGGGCGAGCGCAAGCCCCUGGCCGCCUUCCUGGAGCCCCAGAACGGCUUUCGUCACGGGGCCCCCGCCCAGCCGCUGCCCCCGCACGUCGCGGUCAAAGUGGAGCCCGCCAGCAACUUCGCAGGGGACUUCAACGAGCCCCUCGACUUCUCCCAGAAGGGCCUGGCCCUGGUCCAAGUGAAGCAGGAGAACUCGGCUUCCUUCCUGAGCCCUUCCGCCUCGGCCCCGUACGACUGCUCCAUGGAGCCCAUCGAUCUGUCCAUCCCCAAGAACUGCAGGAGAGGAGAUGAGGACGCGGCCGCUCCCGGGGACGCCAAGAAGCCUGAGCAGGAGCCCGCAAGCAGUGAGCAGGCCUCUCCCUGUCCGCCAGCCUGCCCCACCCUGCCAGUGACCUUGGGCUCCGGUGGGGUCCUGGAAAAGCCCGUGGCCCCUGUAGCGGCGGCCUCUGCGGCCAGCACUCUGGAAGCCCCAGCUCCGCCCCUGCAGGGCUCCGUUCAGCUCGCUGUGCCUAUCUACUCCUCGGCCCUCGUCAACAGCUCCCCGCUCCUGGGCAACUCCACCCUCCUGAGCAGCCCAGCCUUGCUGCGGCCGCUGCGCCCCAAGCCCCCCCUGCUUUUGCCAAAGCCCCCCGUGACAGAAGAGCUGCCCCCGCUGGCCUCGAUUGCCCAGAUCAUCUCAUCCGUGUCCUCGGCCCCCACCUUGCUGAAAACCAAGGUGGCUGUUGCCCCGGGGCCCGCAAGCACUGGCAGUAAUGCUGCAGCUGCCGACGUUGUAGGGGGCGCCGUCUGCAAAGCCACCACCGACGUCGCCAGCAGGAAGGGGUCCAGUGACUCCCCACCUGCUGCCACCAGCCCAGAGGCAGCCUCGCCCACUGAGCAGGGACCAGCUGGCUUGUCAAAGAAGAGGGGCCGGAAAAAGGGGACGAGGAGCCGGCUGCGCGCCAGCGGCGGGGUGGACCUGGACUCCAGCGGGGAGUUCGCCAGCAUCGAGAAGAUGCUGGCUACGACGGACACCAACAAGUUCAGUCCGUUCCUGCAGAGCGCAGAGGACGACGCUCAGGACGAGGUGGCCGCAGACCACAGCGGGCCCAGCGAUGAGGAGCAGGGCAGCCCCCCGGAGGACAAGCUGCUGAGGGCAAAGCGCAACUCCUAUGCCAGCUGCCUGCAGAAGAUCAACUGCCCCCACUGCCCCCGGGUCUUCCCCUGGGCCAGCUCCCUGCAGAGGCACAUGCUCACGCACACUGGUCAGAAACCCUUCCCUUGUCAAAAAUGCGGUGCCUUCUUUUCCACCAAAUCUAACUGUGAACGCCACCAGUUGCGCAAACACGGAGUUACCGCCUGUUCCCUGAGAAGAAACGGGCUUAUCCCCCAGUCAAAAGAGAGUGAUGUUGGAGCCCAUGAUAGCACAGACAGCCAGUCGGACGCUGAGGCAUCGGCGGGAGGCGAAGUGCUGGACCUCACCUCCCGGGAGAGGGAGCCGCCGACAGCGGAAGGAGCCGCCGAGCCCAGCCAGGUCCCGGAAGAGUCGCCGGCGGAGGAGGCGGAGCCGGCGGCAGCCACGCCGUCGGCCGGGGAGGAGAGGGGCGCCGAGGAGGACGCGGAGGCCGAGGAGGAGCGCGCGGAGGAGGAGUGGGACGAGGACGCAGACAGCCCCGAGGAGGACACGGUCAGCAACAAGAGCCUGGACCUCAACCUCGCCAGCAAGCUGAUGGGCUUCAAGCUGGCCGAGGGCGAGGCUGGCGCGGGGGGCGGCGGGGACCCGGCCGCGCAGGACCACAGGCACGCCCGCCACGCCUGCCACGUCUGCGGCAAGAGCUUCAAGUUCCUCGGGACCCUCAACCGCCACCGCAAGGCCCACGGCCGCGAGGAGCCCGGGGACAGGAGCGCGGCCCACCGGGAGCCCGAAGGGCCACCGCCCACUGCCCCCGAGCUGCCGCAGAGGCCCGCCGAGCCCCCGGCCACCGAGCCCCCAGCCCAGGCGGAGGUUGCGUCCGAAGCCCCCGCAGAGAAGCAGAGCGAGGAGGCCGAGGGCCCCUCGGACGGGGAUGGGGAGGGCCUGGCCGAGAAGAAGCCCUCGGAGAAGAGUGAGGACGACAAGAAGCCAAAGACAGACUCCGCCAGGAGUGCGGCCAGCAAGGCGGACAAGAGGAAGAAGGUGUGCAGUGUGUGCAGCAAGAGGUUCUGGUCCCUGCAGGACCUGACCCGGCACAUGAGGUCACACACAGGAGAGAGGCCGUACAAAUGCCAGACCUGCGAGCGAACCUUCACCUUGAAGCACAGCCUGGUUCGCCACCAGCGGGUCCACCAGAAAGCCCGGUACCCCAAGCACCGCGGGAAGGACAGCGACAAGGAGGAGCGAGGCGAGGACGACAGCGAGAGCGAGUCCGCCCACAGCGGCGCCACCCCCGUGUCGGAGAGCGAGGCGGACUCGGCCCUGCUCUCCAGCAACCACGCGGCCGUCACCCGCAGCCGGAAGGAGGCUCUGGCCCCCAAGGAUGCCGGCCGCAGGGAGGAGAGGGCAGCGGGCCGGACGGCGGGUGCCGGCCAGCUUGAGGCCGGCAGGAGUGCUCCCAGGGCCGCUGCCGCGGGCAGCCCCAAGGAGCAGGCGUCCCCGGGUGACCCUGAGCGGGAGAGCCCGGCAGCCCUCGUGCAGGACCUGCUGGAGCUGCCCGGCAGGAGGCCCGCCCACCCGCUCUUGGCCGCUGCCGACAGCGCCUCGCUCCUGGGCCUGGAAUGACAGCCCGUCCUGCCCCCCAGCACACAGACGAAAGCCAGCAGAGCAAAAUGUCCUGAGUCUAUAUUUCCCGAGGUUUCCUCAGUGCCCUUCAGCUCUUGGGGUGGGGGGGGAGGGGGGGGGAGAGGCGGGCGCCUCGAUCAGUGCCAUAGCCUUACAGACCCAUGCGGAGAUGCAGCACGUGCGACUCGAGUGCCUUAACUACUUACCAGCCCUUUGGUGUCGUCUUGGGUGUUGUGUUUUCCCAGAAUGACUUCCUAAAAAACAAAGCAAAUAUUUUAAUGAAUUAUUUGGAGAGGACCUUUUCAUUUAAGCAUUAACGUUACCUUCUGUUUUGGUGUGUGUUAACUUGUUUUUGCAAUUCUGUGAUAGUAACAUUUGUUCUGUGAGCUGGAAACAGAAGGAAAAAAAAAAAAACAAAACUUGCCCUUGGAUACCCAUGGCCAAUAACUGGAAGAAAGUGAUGUGAAUUUCAUGUAAAUUCCCAGAGGAAAUGUGGAUAAGAUG